GAAGUUGGCUUUUUCCAGAGCGUACAGGCCCUGAUGCAGACUUGCAGCGUCCUUGACCUGAACGCCUUUGAACGCCAGAAUAAGGCAGAGGGACUUGGCAUGGUGACAGAAGACGGUACAAGAGAGAAGGUGAUGGCAGAUGACCAGUUCACCCAAGAUCUGUUCCGCUUACUUCAGCUGCUUUGUGAGGGACACAAUAAUGAUUUCCAGAACUACCUGCGUACACAGACUGGUAACACCACUACCAUCAAUAUCAUCAUCUGCACAGUGGAUUAUUUGCUGCGCCUACAGGAAUCCAUCAGUGAUUUUUACUGGUAUUACUCUGGCAAGGACAUCAUUGAUGAACAGGGCAAAAGAAACUUUUCUAAAGCCAUGUCUGUAGCAAAGCAAGUGUUCAACAGCCUUACAGAAUAUAUUCAGGGUCCCUGCACAGGCAACCAGCAAAGUUUGGCCCACAGCCGUCUAUGGGAUGCUGUAGUGGGUUUCCUGCAUGUUUUUGCCCAUAUGAUGAUGAAGCUAGCCCAGGACUCCAGUCAAAUCGGGCUGCUGAAAGAAUUGUUGGACCUGCAGAAGGACAUGGUAGUCAUGCUGCUCUCCCUUCUGGAAGGUAAUGUGGUCAAUGGAACAAUAGCUCGCCAAAUGGUGGACAUGCUUGUAGAGUCUUCAAGCAAUGUAGAAAUGAUCCUUAAAUUCUUUGAUAUGUUCCUCAAACUAAAGGAUAUAGUGGCUUCUGAUGCUUUUAGAGACUAUGUCACAGAUCCUCGAGGUCUCAUAUCUAAAAAAGAUUUCCAGAAAGCAAUGGACAGUCAAAAGCAGUACACACCAUCUGAGAUCCAGUUCCUCCUAUCUUGCUCUGAAGCUGAUGAGAAUGAAAUGAUCAACUUCGAAGAGUUUGCUGACCGCUUCCAAGAGCCAGCUAAAGAUAUUGGUUUCAACGUGGCAGUUUUACUAACCAACUUAUCGGAGCAUGUCCCUCAUGACACAAGACUGCAGAACUUCCUGGAGCUAGCUGAUUGUAUAAUAAACUACUUCAAGCCUUUUCUAGGCAAAAUUGAAAUUAUGGGAGCAGGUAAGAAGAUAGAGCGAAUCUACUUUGAGAUCAGCGAAGCCAAUAAAACACAAUGGGAGAUGCCUCAGGUUAAAGAGUCUAAGCGUCAGUUCAUCUUUGAUGUGGUCAAUGAAGGUGGUGAGUCAGAGAAGAUGGAGCUGUUUGUCAACUUCUGCGAGGACACCAUAUUUGAGAUGCAGAUUGCUUCACAGAUUUCUGAACCUGAAGAAGAAAAGGCAGAGGAUGAAGAUGAAGAUGAUGGAGGAGAAGGAGAAGGCGAGGAGGCUGAGAAUGGGUCUGAGCCUCCAGAAGCUUCAUCUGCUUUUGUAGAGUUUAUGAACAAUAUUAUAAAUUUCUUUAAGAUGUUUACCUACAGGAACCUCAGAAGACAGUAUCGAAAGAUCAAGAAGAUGACAAUAAAGGAAAUGAUUAUGGCUAUUGCCUCCUUCCUGUGGACCUUCUUAAUUGGAACACUUCACUUCAUCUACAGUGUCUGCAAAGGCAUCUUCUUCUUGAUAUGGCACACAUUGUUUGGAGGUAGCCUGGUAGAAGGAGCUCAAAAGUUAACUGUGACUGAACUCUUGGCUAGUAUGCCAGAUCCCACACAAGAUGAAGUUCACGGAGAUGGUCUUCCUGCGGCAGAGAGCGACGAAUUACCUGAUGCUGGUGAUGUGACGGACUUCACUGACGCAGGCAAAGAAGAAGUGCAAGAAGAAGGGGCAGAAAUAUUUGGACUGGAGCUAAAGAAAGAUGGUGGACAUUAUAGACUCAGUGCUCCAGAUGCUCCUGGAGGCCUGGGUGAUAUGGGGGAGACCACUCCUGUGGAACCACCAACUCCAGAGGGAUCACCCAUCUUGAAGAGGAAAUUUGGAGAUGAUGAAAUCCCAGAACAUUUGGAUGGUUCUGAGCAGCCACAACCAGCAACAGAAGAAGAGCCAGCACCAGAGCCAGAACCAGAACCAGAACCAGAGAAAGCAGAUUUGGAGAAUGGGGAAAAGGGUGAAACUGCUGUGGAAGAGGAAGCAGCUCCUGCUCCUGAGGAACCUGAAGAACCACCAGUUGAGGCCCCCAAGAAAAAGACUGCUCAAAAGGAGAAGAAAGUAGAAGCUGGAGAGGGAGGUUUUGAAUUCUGGAAUGAGCUGGAAAUCCAGAAGACAAAAUUCAUGAACUAUCUCUCAAGGAAUUUCUAUAAUCUGCGUUUCUUGGCACUAUUCUUGGCCUUUGCUAUCAACUUUAUUUUGCUAUUCUACAAGGUGUCUGAUUCUCCCAAAGGCGAGGAAGAUUUUGAGGGAUCAGGGAUGGAGGAGGAACUAUCCAUUCUGGAUGAAGGAAGUGGUGCUGGUGGAGAUGAAGAAGAUGAAGACGAUGGCAUAGUGUAUUUUUUCCUGGAGGAAAGCACGGGAUACAUGCAGCCGACACUGUCCUUCCUUUCCAUUGUCCACACGCUCAUUUCCUUCCUGUGUAUCAUUGGCUACAACUGUCUGAAGGUGCCUCUGGUUAUCUUUAAACGGGAGAAGGAGUUGGCACGUAAGCUGGAGUUUGAUGGCUUCUAUAUUACAGAACAGCCAGAAGAUGAUGACAUUAAAGGACAAUGGGAUCGUCUGGUCUUGAACACACCCUCAUUUCCAAAUAACUACUGGGACAAAUUUGUGAAAAGAAAGGUGUUGGAUAAAUAUGGAGACAUUUACGGUCGGGAGAGGAUUGCAGAACUGCUGGGAAUGGAUCUGGCCAGCUUAGAAAUCAGCUCCCAAAAUGGAAAGAAACCAGAGCCCGAUAAUUCUAUGCUGAGCUGGGUCACUGCAAUUGAUAUUAAGUACCAGAUCUGGAAAUUUGGAGUGGUCUUCACUAAUAAUUCUUUCUUAUAUCUGGUCUGGUACUUGGUCAUGUCCAUGCUGGGUCACUACAACAACUUCUUCUUUGCUGCUCACUUGCUGGAUAUUGCCAUGGGUGUGAAGACCCUACGUACAAUCUUGUCCUCUGUCACACACAAUGGUAAACAGCUCAUGAUGACUGUUGGUCUGCUAGCUGUGGUUGUGUACCUGUAUACAGUGGUUGCCUUCAACUUCUUCCGUAAAUUUUACAACAAGAGCGAGGAUGAGGAUGAACCAGAUAUGAAGUGUGAUGACAUGAUGACGUGCUACCUUUUCCAUAUGUAUGUUGGGGUCCGAGCUGGCGGUGGCAUUGGAGAUGAGAUUGAAGACCCUGCAGGAGAUGAAUAUGAAUUGUACCGUGUUGUCUUUGACAUCACAUUUUUCUUCUUUGUCAUUGUCAUCCUGCUGGCCAUCAUUCAAGGUUUGAUCAUUGAUGCCUUUGGAGAGCUGAGAGACCAACAGGAGCAAGUGAAGGAAGAUAUGGAGACCAAAUGCUUCAUCUGUGGCAUCGGCAGUGAUUACUUUGAUACGACGCCGCAUGGCUUUGAGACUCACACGUUGGAAGAACAUAACUUGGCCAAUUAUAUGUUCUUCCUAAUGUAUCUAAUUAACAAGGAUGAAACAGAACAUACUGGACAGGAGUCGUAUGUCUGGAAGAUGUACCAGGAGAGAUGUUGGGACUUCUUCCCAGCAGGAGACUGUUUCCGGAAGACGUAUGAGGAUCAGCUCGGAUAA